AUGACGCCGAUUCUUCAUCAGCACAUGAUGAGACGCAUUCUUGGUUGCAGCAACAAGAGUUUAUUUUUGUUUCGUUCAUACGGAACCUCCGAGGUGAACCAAGCCUUGCAGAGUCGGAUCAAAGCGGCUUUAGAUAACAAGUCGCAAAUCACUCCUGUGCUCGAUCAAUGGCAGCAACAAGGGAACCAAGUUAAGCCGUCUGACAUCAGAGGCCUCAUCAAGAAUCUUCGUGAUUCUAGUCGAUUCUCUCAAGCACUUGAGGCAUCAACGUGGAUGGGUGAAGAAAAGGUGUGUAAUAUUUAUGCGAAAGAUUAUGCAGCUAGGCUUCAUUUAAUUGAGAAAGUGUUGGGUUUAGAAGAAGCAGAGAAGUUCUUCAAAAGCAUCCCUGCGAACAUGAGAGAUUCCUCAGUCUACUCCACGCUCUUGACCUCUUACACGAGAUCCAAGAACACACUGGACAAAGCCGAGUCCACUUUCAAGGAGAUGCGAGAGCUCGGUUUCCUCUUCAAACCUUCACCAUACAACUCAAUGCUUUCUCUCUACAGUCAGCUAGGAAAAUGGAAUAUGGUCGAGAAGCUUAUGAAGGAGAUGGAAGACAACAAAGUGAAGCCGGACCAUCUCACGGUAAACAAUGUUUUAAAGGCAUGCGCUGAUGCAUCCGACUUGAACGCGCUGGAGAUGUUAAUGAAAACAUGGGUUCACGAAGAAGAAGAAGAUGGAAUCAAACUGGAGAGAGGCACCAUCAUUGCAAUGGCAAAGGCUUACGUUAACAUACCUGAUUUGCUUAGGACGCAAGGUAAGGAACUGAAGGUAAUUAAGGAAGUGGUCAGUGAAUUGGUUACCAAAAAGGGAAAUGAGUUGGAUAUAAUUAGCCUACCGAGUCUGCUCAUCUCUCGUUAUUGCGCGCGAGGCAAGGAAGUGAAGCUAAGGCCACUUGUCAAUUGGUUGGUUACCAACAAUCCACUGGCGAAGCUAAGAUGGAUGCUAAAUGAUGAUUUAGUUUACGGCUUAGUGAAUUUUACCUUCCUUUUCGCUUGGAUCAUGGCUCUUGGUUCCGUUCUUUUCAUAAUCUUGGAUCACUCGGUUUCUUGA